CAGGGGGCCCGCAUCGGAAAUGGCGAUGAGGAAUAUCUAUAGAGAAAAAAGAGGGGGUGAUUGAUGAAACGACCAGGAGCAGCCAAGUCACACACAUUAAGCAAAUCUAGACUCCGAGGGACGAGGACGAAGCAGUCGCAGUGCCGAGAAGCGGUUUGGUUGAGAGGGAUAGUUUUGGAGAGCGGCGCUAUACGAUUCUCACACAAUCUGGGUGCUGCAGCAGCAGCUGCUGCUAAGAGGGGGAGCCAAGAGCGAGGAACCCAUCUGAGGGAGCUUGAGCUUGUGAGGAAAUUGUGUAACAAUGGCAGCAAUGGCGGCUGCGUCCGCGUUGGUGAUGGGGCAGCAGCCCGCGUUGCACAUGGUGCAAGGUGAGAGGACCAGUAGCGGCUAUGCCGGGUCUGCGUCUAUGAUGCAUUUGCGACGGACUGGGGUUGCAGCUGUUGCUCUGAGGCCCACAUUUCGGCAAACCGCGCGAGGUUCCCAUAGCCGCAGGUCGUUUGUAGCCGCCGCCGUUGGUGGUGAAGCUGGAUUUGAGAACGAAGACAACGCAGCCAUCGAGAUCGAAGGCGAUGGUGAGGAUAGCGGAGAGAUUGAAAUCUCGGGUGUUUUGGAAGCCACCGAGGAGGAACCAGUUCUCUUGGAACCCCCGGCCAAUUCCAUCGAUGAAGGCUAUGUGGAAGCGCUCAAUGAUGGCACCCUGGAACCAACUUCCAACACAUCCUCGGAUUCAAGUUCGGAGGAGCAGUAUGAGGAUGAUGACGUUGAGGAUUUGAAGCAGCAGCUAAUCGAUACUCUCUAUGGUACGGAGAGGGGCUUACGUGCUAGCAGUGACACCCGUGCCGAGGUUAUUGAGCUUAUAACGCAGUUGGAGGCGAAGAAUCCCACAGAAGCUCCCACAGCAGCUCUCACUCUCCUGAAUGGAAAGUGGGUUUUGGCGUACACGUCGUUCUCUGAGUUGUUUCCGUUGUUGGCUGCUGGAAAUCUACCACUGGUGAAGGUUGGGGAGAUCACACAGAUCAUAGAUGCGCAGGCGCUCACUAUUGAGAACUGUGUGUCAUUCGAAGGUCCUGUGACUGCCACUUCUUUUAGUGCUUCUGCUUCGUUCGAAAUUCGCAGCCCAAAACGUAUUCAGGUAAAAUUUGAGGAGGGAAGCAUAUCCGCCCCGAAGGUUUCAAACUCCGCUGAGAUUCCUUCAAGCUUGGACAUAAUGGGGCAGAAGAUCGACUUUUCCGCCGCCAAGGGGUUGUUGAAACCGCUUCAAGACGCUGCUAUGACAGUGGCUAGAACCCUCUCUGGGCAACCUCCGUUGAAGUUUUCCAUCCCGAACGAUCGGGCACAGUCUUGGUUGUUGACUACCUACCUUGAUGAGGAUCUUCGGAUCUCACGUGGUGAUGGUGGCAGCGUUUUUGUGCUCCUCAGGGAAGGAAGUACACUGCUUUAUUGAGCAGCUCUCUGCGAUUGCUGGUAGAGAUAGCAAUUCUUUAUUUUUAGCCGCGACAGUGGUGUGCCAUGAUCUCUUUAUGUUGCUGCAGCAACAGGUUGUCUCAUAGAAGAGCAAAUGGUUCUCUUUAUUUUCAUCCGUAUAUACUCAGCACGGACGUUCGUUUAGGUUAGAUUAGCGGUGUAACGUGACAUCUUGUGCAGUUGUACUGUAACUUUGUUAACUCUUUGGGGUUUUGCCCAGAAGAGGAUUAUAUAGUAAAGUUGAUUUAGUCAUUAUUUUUUCGGAAA